CUCAGGCUCGACCACCUGGGCCCGAUGGUCGUGAACCGCGACGGCACGCUCAGCCGGAUCGCGAACUGGGAGGGCAUGACGGAGCUGGAGAGGACGAACACGCUGCGGGUGCUGGGGAAGCGGAAUCAGUUGCGGCUGAAGGCGUUGGAGCAGGAGGAU